CUUAUUAAAAAAGUCCCCUCAUUUAUCCUCUCAAAUUUUCACAAGUAUGGUGUCAUUUCUCAAAUUUUUUUAUGGAGAAAAAAGCCAUCGCCCAAGUCUUCAACUAACACCAUUUGAAUAAUGCAUGAAUGAAAACUUCAAAGAAACUUAGAACAAUAAACAAUUUGGGAUGGUUUCAUACUUCCCCCUCCCAUAUCUUUCUAUAAAUAUAUGGUUUUACUUGGCCAAAUCUCAUAACCAAUUAUAAGUACUUUCUUGGAAAAUAACUAGUUUUCUCAAGAAAGGGUGAUGACUAAGGUGGCGACUAUGAGAAGAACACUAAUGGGGUUUGUUGCUAUUGCAAUGCUCUUGGAGUUGGCGAUGGCGGUGGAUCACACUGUUGGAGCUCCGAGUGGAGGGUGGGACGUGUCUACUAAUUUGGAAACGUGGGCUUCAUCCCAAACGUUUGUAGUAGGAGACAAUUUAGUUUUCCAGUAUGGACCUUCUCAUGAUGUGCUUGAAGUGUCUAAGGAUGACUAUGAUUCUUGUUCAUCGUCAAGUCCUAUUUCCACCGCCAUUACUAGCCCUACCACAAUCCCACUUACAACCACCACAAGCCGCUACUUUAUCUGUGGUAGAAGUAAUCAUUGUAGCCAAGGAAUGAAGGUUGAGGUCACAACGGUGGCAGGAGCGCCAACACCACCACAAACCACCCCUCCUUCCACCCCAACCACACCAUCAAAUGCUCCUUCGAGCGAUUCAUCACCACCACCACCUGUCACUGGUGGGACCAUAAACCCUCCCACUCCCUCAUUGGCCAUGACACUAAAGAUGACUGUUGGUUCUUUACUUGGAUUUGGAUUCUUCGUGAUGAUGUUACUAUCCCUCUAAGUCUUUCUAGAAAAUGCAUUUGAGACUAUUUGGUUGUGUUUUGUUCAUUUUAUAGUUUUGUCUAUUAUAGAUCUUGUUGCUUUGUUUGAUCUAUUAUAGAAAUAUACUUACAUUUAUUUGUGUAUUAUAGCAUUUUAUUUUUAUUUUCUUUCUAUUAUAACAUUGUAUUUUCAUUUAAUUUUCAUGUUAGACAUUCGAUGAUAUUACUAUCCCUCUUAAAAAUUUUCUACAAAA